UUCUCCUUCCUUCCUCCCUUCCUUCCUUCCUCCUCCUCCUCUCGGUGGGAGCUGACUUGAUGCGUCUAAUAAAUCAUCUCUGCAAGAUUGCCCCCCAUUUUCUUUGCCCAAGCCUGCUUUGAGAGCUGCGUUGGAUUUGAAGCUUGUGGAAUGAUUUCAAUGUGAUUCGGCGCCACAAACAACGUGGGUGUUGUGCGUGUCUGUGAGGUGUGUGUGUGUGUGUUGGGUUUUUGUUGGUUUGUUUAGUGUGCGUGUGAUGAGGAGUGGCGGAAGAGGAGGGAGCAGCUAUGAAGAGCUUGUCAUCUCUCCUCAGUUUCCCCAGUAUGAACGACCUUGUCGUUGUGACUGAAAUGUUCCUAAAAAGCUUUCCACGGAGGACACAUGUGCCGCCUUUCCCUCAAUUUCUGUGAAUCUGGUGAAGACACUCCAAGAUAAGAGGUCAAGUGCACCUUCUCUACUCGGAUCACAAGGGCUAUUUAAAAUCUUAUUGGAUGAAAGUCUCAUUUGCCCUUGCUUGCCAAAGAUGACGUUGCCAUGGAAACAGCUUCUACUGUUAUCGAUCAUUGAGUGUUUGUCAGAUAGUCUGGACAGUGGCUUGUACCAUGGUCCAAGAUGGAGGAUGGAACCGGGUGACCUUUUUAUCCCAGUAGAUUCCAUCGAAGAAGAGGCCACGCUGACGUGCGACACCAAGGGUACCCCACCCCCUCAGUACAGAUGGUCGCUGAACGGGACUUUCAUAAAUCUGAGCCUGGAUCGACGGCGGCGUCUGUCAGGGGGCAACCUCAUUAUAAGCAGCCUGGACCGCUACCAGGAUGUAGGCGUGUAUCAGUGCAUGGCCUACAACAUUGCAGGAGCCAUCCUCAGCAGGAGAGCCCAUCUCAAGUUUGCCUACUUGGAUCAUUUCAAAGUCCACACCAGAAGCGCAGUAUCGGUCCGAGAGGGACAAGGAGUGGUGUUGCUUUGUGGAACGCCCACUUCCUCAGGAGAUCUUACUUAUGCAUGGGUCUUCAAUGAGUACCCAUACUUCGUCCAGCAAGACAAUCGGCGUUUUGUCUCUCAGCAAACAGGGAACCUUUACAUCGCCAAGGUGGAGUCCUCCGAUGUGGGCAACUACACUUGUGUUGUGAUGAACAGCAUCACAAAGGGCAAAGUUCACAGCUCACCUACAUCUCUCAUACUCAGGACAGACGGAGUGAUGGGCGAAUAUGAACCGAAAAUAGAAGUUAAUUUCCCAGACAAUGUACCUGCUGCAAAAGGAUCAACAGUUACGCUGGAGUGUUUCGCUCUUGGGAAUCCUGUCCCAGAGAUCACCUGGAAGAGGGCGAAUGGCGUUCCAUUCCCUAGCAAAGUCAAAAUGAAGUAUGCCAAUGCUGUGCUGGAGAUCCCCAGCUUCCAGCAGGAGGAUGCGGGAGGAUACGAGUGUGUGGCGGAGAAUAAGAUGGGCAAGAACACAGCCACUGGUCGACUGCUUUUCUAUGCCAAGCCUCAGUGGAUUCAGACCAUGAAGGACACGGCCUUGGCGAUAGAGGAGAAUUUGGACUGGGAGUGUCGAGCCAGUGGCAAACCCAAACCCCUUUACACGUGGCUGAAGAACGGCAAGCAGCUGAUCUCCCAGGAUAGGAUCCUCAUGAAGGAUGGAGCUCUGUCAGUGUCGGUGUUGACACUCUCCGAUGCUGGAAUGUACCAAUGUGUGGCUGAGAACGAGCACAGCAUUAUAUAUUUUGCCGCUGAACUGAUGGUUUUAGCCUCUCCCCCAGACUUCACAGGGAACAUCCUCCGAGCUUUGCUGAAAGCCAAGGCAGGAAGUACCGUGACUUUGGAGUGUAAACCUCAAGCGUAUCCCUUGGCCAGCAUUUUAUGGAAAAAAGGAAACUUUCCUAUUCUCACCAACAACAGGAUCACCCUUUCACCUGAUGGGACACUGAGGCUUGCCAAUGUGAGCAAAUCGGAUGCAGGCAGCUACACAUGCUUCGCUCGUAAUAGAUUUGGCAUGUCAAGUACGACUGGAAGGCUCCUUGUUACAGAUCCAACCAGAUUCACCCAAGGCCCAGCAGACAUGGACAUCAUCGUGGGCGAGAGCAUCGUGUUGCCCUGUCAGGUCACCAGCGACCCCGUCCUGGAUGUUUCCUUCUCAUGGGCUUUCAACGGACAGCUCAUCGCUAAUGACAACGGCCACUUCGAGCUGGUGGGCGGGCGAGCUGCAGGCGAUCUGAUGAUCAGGAAUAUUCAGCUGAACCACACGGGCAAAUAUAUCUGUGUGGUGGACACAGAUGUGGAGAGCCUCUCAGCCGUGGCCAUAUUGAUCGUGAAAGGCCCGCCCAGCCCACCAGACUCAGUGACAGUGGAGGAGGUGACAGACAGCACAGCCCAGCUUGUGUGGAGCCCUGGGCGGGACAACAGCAGCCCCAUCACCAAUUACAUCAUUCAGACCAGAACGCCUUUCACUGUGGGCUGGCAGAGGGUUAACACAGUUCCAAAAACAAUUGAUGGAAGCAUGCUGACAGCCACCGUGGUGGACCUCAACGCCUGGGUGGAGUAUGAGUUUCGGGUAUUGGCCAGAAACGGUGUUGGAGUUGGAGAACCUAGUCCUGUGUCAGCCAAGACCAGGACAGAAGAUGCAGUCCCUGAUGCAGUGCCAGGUGAUGUGGGUGGAGGAGGCGGUAGCAGGUCUGAGCUGGUCAUCACAUGGGAGCCUGUCCCUGAAGAACUACAGAAUGGCGAAAGCUUUGGUUACAUCAUCGCUUUCCGUGCCUUUGGAGAAGUCAGCUGGACGCACGUGGCCACCUCUGCCCCCGGCGCAUCCCGCUAUGUGUAUCGCAACGAAAGCAUAGUGCCCUUUUCCCCAUUCCAUGUCAAGGUUGGCACCUACAACAGCAAAGGACAAGGUCCCUUCAGCUCUGUGGUUACCAUCUACUCUGCAGAGACAGAGCCAAGUGGGGUACCAGUGGGAGUUUGGGCCAGAAGUGUCUCAGCCUAUGAGAUUGAGGUGAAUUGGCAGACUCUCUCCUUCACCCCUGAAAGAGUUCUUGGCUACGAGGUGGUGUACUGGGAAGAUGACACUAAACCAGAGACCAUGGGCAAGGUUCGAAUACCGUGGAACCAAACCUCGGUUACAGUUAGCGGCUUAACAAGGCACACGCAGUACUUCCUGACUGUCAGCGCCUUCAACACAGCUGGCACCGGCCCCUUCCUUCCUGCAAUCAAUGUCACCACAAAAAAGCCACCACCCUCCCAACCACCACUUGACGUUGAAUGGACUCUAAUUGGUUCCCAGCUCUCUCUGUACUGGGAGCCCGUGGUGGCAAUGGAGUCCGAGUCGGAAGUUACAGGUUACCAACUGUCAUACAGGAGAAGUAAACACAAAGAAGUCAGCAUUUUUACAACAACCAAUUCAACAGCAGAGCUGAACCUCACUGAUGUUGAUGUUGAAUACGUCAUUCACAUUCAGUCCCUGAGUGAAGGAGGCCUGGGCCCGGCUUCCAUUCCCAUUCGAAUCCACCAGCUUAGUAUGAGUGCACGUGGCUCAAGAGGCUUUAAAGGUGACGUGUCGCCACCCUGCUUGCUCCUUGCAAUAUCAAUAGCAACAUUCAGGUCAACAUUGUGACAGACCUUGCUCUGUUUUUCAUCUUUAAUAUUGUGUGCUUUUUUAAUUCUUAUAUUUUGUGUUUGUUUUGGAGGUUACCACAUUCUAUUUUGCUGUGGUACUCUGCGGGUAUGAGGAGCAGAAACACUGUCCGACAUCUCUGCCUUUUUUGUGUCUCGAACGAUACAGAUGCCUUAUUUCCAUUCAUGUGCUAUGUAGAGUCAGACGUCCUUUUUUUAUUCCAUACAUCUUUAUGUACCAACUGGACAACCUCCAGAGAAGCGAUAUUUUGUGUUUUGGGCUUUUCCUUCCUCCGUCUGAAUUGGCAAGCAGGAACACGAUCCUUCACACCUGCCCGCGCCUCUCAAGCUUAUUGACAGACGAGAACGAUACUUCUACUUACAGCCAUCUCCAUCUUUACUUGCUUGUUGGUGGUCCUGUCCCCCAUUGAAACUCAUGAAAGUCAAUUUACCCCGUAUGAUGAGAUUAUGGAGUGCUCCAUUUAGCUUGAGGGCUCCUCCAGUUUUUAAUGCUUCAGAGCUGUCAUUGCGAUUUAUUGCAGACUGAUGGAUUGGAUUUACAUAGCUUGGAUCUGCAGCACAACUGCUGACCGGGAUGUGUUCAAGUACCAUGCCCGUGCUGAAACAAUCAGACUUAUUUAGUUUGCGGUGUGAUGAUCAAUACAAAAUGAGGUCAUAUUUGGAGGAUAUAAUUUUCUUUACGCUGUAUGGCAUCCCAAGAAAAGUUUGAAGGAUGGAACAUUACCAUAUAAUGACAAAAAUAAUUAUGAUGUCAAUAACGUUAUAAAGAUGAGACAAUUCUUGUGAGAACACAUUGUAUUUUACCUUCAUUUUCACUUGCAUAUGCCACGUAGUUACAGUAUAUACAGUCCAUCAGUGAUUCUCAACUAUCGGGCUGGGACCCAAAAGUCGGUCACAGAGCCAAGUUUAGUGGCUUUGCUUGGCUUUUUGUGGCUUUGACAUCGAGUGGAGACUGAACGUGCUGUCCAUUCAACACACAGCUGCAGAUAUCUGCUGGAGAAGAGACAGCAUCUUAUCACUGCAGCCGCAAUUCCUUAAGAUAUAAAACAGUCCCUUUAAAUAUAAGAUAUCUGAGAAGUUUGAAUUGAAAAUUGGGGUCACCACUUGUCAGUGAUGGGUGAUGGUGGGUGCCGCACCAAAGCGGUUGGGAACCACUGAAAUUCAGGGUCUUGGAAUGACUGCUACCACCAUUUUUGGCAACGUGUUAGAACACAUUAACGCACAGACACAAGGAAAGGCUACAGGAAACCCAAUUAUAAAAGAGAACUUUUCCAAGCAUGAAAGUUGUUGAGCACAGGUAUAAUAGUGGAGAGUCGUUAUCUUUGAAUUUUCAUGAUUGCCAAAGCAACUUGAGAAAAUGUCACUUUGAGUUGUGGGAAUACUUUGAUGAGCUUUCUCUGUUCUAUUUCCUGACAUUUUCAACCAAUUAAUAAGGCCUACACUCCACAGACUAAUCAAUAAUAAAAUCCAUCUGGGGUACACGGUUGCAGAGCGAAACAUUAACAGCAUCUGAAGUCAGCGGGAGAAGUUUUAAGUGCUGCCAAAUGUGCCAGUCUGAUCAUUGAAAUCUCACCACCGGCUUGUUUGGCAACAAUGUAUGUUCAGCUGUGUUUAUCACUUUGAGUCCAUCCGUCGUUGUCAGUUGGGUUGGCUGAUUUCCGUGCAGUAUCUGUCGUCAUUGUUUGUUGAAAUCAAUCAAAGCACCACACUCGCUCAAUCAUUACUUCAUAGUAUUUAAAAUAGCAUUUGAUGGCUACAGAUGGUACGUCAGAUACUGUAUAUGACAACCGUCUGAUUGAUUCAUGGAAAACCAGGUUGUUUAGCAGACGUUUAAACAUCUUUAGUAAUGAGAGCAUGCCUGAAGGCAAGCGAUGGAACACAGUACUUACUAUAGUGUUAACUUUCCUACAAUUGAGGUAUUUUCCAUACCAUGGCCAAAUGUUAAGUGCUUUUUUAAUGUUUUGUUUUGGGGAAUGGCUAUCUUUUAGCACAUUACAAAAAUUAAGAUAUCAUUAAAUAUCCCAUAGGCUGCACGGCGGUUGAGUGGUUAGCGCGCAGACCUCACAGCUAGGAGACCCGAGUUCAAUUCUACCCUCGGCCAUCUCUGUGUGGAGUUUGCAUGUUCUCCCUGUGCAUGCGUGGGUUUUCUCCGGGUACUCCGGUUUCCUCCCACAUUCCAAAAACAUGCUAGGUUAAUUGGCCACUCCAAAUUGUCCAUAGGUAUGAAUGUGAGUGUGAAUGGUUGUUUGUCUAUAUGUGCCCUGUGAUUGGCUGGCGACCAGCCCAGGGUGUAUCCCGCUUCUCGCCUGAAGACAGCUGGGAUAGGCUCCAGCACCCCCGCUACCCUCAUGAGGAAAAGCGGUAGAAAAUGAAUGAAUGAAUUAAUAAAUAUCCCAUAUUGUAGUACUUUUCAACAGUUUUAAAUACAGUAGGUCUCAGAGGUACCACACUAGUGUAUUGGAGGUUUUGUCCAAAAUGAAGUCCACACAAACAGAUAUUUUCAAAUAUACAGAUAUUUCGUCUUUUGUUGUGUUGUUGUUUGUGUUUUGAAAAAAAAAGUAUGUCCACAUAAACACAUUCACCAGCUGUCAUUCACAUUUUGGCCAAUGGAAAGCCUUCAAAAUCAAUGGCAGCUGAGUGGUUGCGCGUUAUAACACCUCUGUUGGUGCGUUUAAUGAGCUAUUGGAUGUACAUCAUUUUUAAAAGCAACACUUGCUUACAAGGUACCCAAGAGGCAUCCUGAAUGUCUUUUUUUAUUGCCCUUGCAUGCUCCGAGGCACACGCAUGCGUGUCGAUUGCUGCACAAAAUAAGUUCUGUCCUAAGUUCAAAACAUGAGAUAAUAUCACAAACCAAAAAGCUCAGUUUUACCCGUCAACACACUGAAGAAUCCCCACACAGUUUUCCAAAAUCUUUGUUUUUGAGGACAAAACCCUGUGUGUACGCGAGGCCAAAUUGCAUAGGAAAAUGUGUUUUUCAAAUAUUUGUAUUUGUGUGGAUGUAGCCUUAGCCUUAAUGCUGGAAUUUAGACAGUUUAAAAGUGCUUGUAACACAAUCUACUGGGACAUGCCAUUUGUGUUUGUCGCUUUAAUGCGAAUGAGCUGUGUUUGUCUACGCUUGUCUCCGACAGAGUGUGGUCCCUAGAAGUACUAUUGUGCACUUUAUCCACUUUUUACACACCCACUGUAACUCUGCACUUGUGCAACGUAAUACAUGUCAUAUAUCACAUGCAACAAUAUAACAUAAUGGACGGUUAUGUCAUAGUCGAAAGUUACAUUUUACAUAAUGGGGUACAUUUAAAGAAAAAUGUGGGCAGAUCAUGAUUAAUUUAGGGUCUUCAAGUGUUUCCUAGCUUGCGUCUUGUAGAUGAUUGAGCAUAAAGAAAGCAAAAUGUAACUACACGGAGGUUUGUCAGUCAACAUCACAUACCACAUUUGCUGUUUUUGUAGCUUUCUAUGCCGUCCAUGUGUGUACAUUAUUGCAUCAUGGGAUGUCAUUCAUGAAUCGAACCAAUGUUUACAUGGGAGACAAUUUCCUCUUUUUAUGAUAUUUAACGGUCGAAAAUGAAACAUGUUUUGGUUACAGACUAGUAACGGCCACUUCUUUGUUUUGUUAAGUAGCAGUGCUGUGGCAAAUAUUUUAUUGACAUUUGUACGUGUGAGCGCUGCCGAGCUCUUGCGCGAUUGUUUUUCUGACUUUCGAUUGAUUUAGAUUUUUGAUUUUGUCAAUAAUUCUGCACAAAAGGUCAAGUGAUGUUUAAAACCAGGAAUUAUCAUGACACAUUUCUGUAUAUUUGAUGAAAAAUGGGGGUUGGCCUACCUGUGAUGGUGAAAACUCCAGAAAUCAAAAAGUAUAUGAGCAGAAAGUAACGUUCCUAGCCGAUGCCAUCACACUCUCUCUUUAGACGCAUCUGCAAGCAACUGAUUAUGAUGUAUGUGUUGUCUUUUUACACACAUGCAGAUUUUCUCAUUUUAUCACUUUAUUGAAGAUUGGAGAGUCAAAAUUGUCUCCGACAAUAGGAGAGGUCGCAACCCACCCCCCCC